GCAGUACGAGCGUGGUGGCGCCAUGGUGGCCAUGUUCUUCUGCGACGUGGACCGUGCGCUGCGAGAGCUCUCUGUCGGGCGCGCCAGAAGCCCGUCGCUCGGGCUGCAGCUUCUUCCGGUUGGACUGGGCGCGGCGGUGCGCCACAGCAACGCGGUUUUCGUCCCGGGCCGGGACGAGCUUGUGGCGGCGCAAGAGGCUCAGCUCGCCGCGCCCUCCGAGGCUGCAGCGAUGCUCGCAGAAGCCGGGCUGCCCAGCCCGGUGGCGCGCUGGGAUGAGGAGCACAUUCCCCUCUUCAGCUGCAUGAGGUUAGUGCGUCGCAGGCCCGACGGGACCCGUUUCUCACCCCUCUUCAUGAGCUCGGAAGACGCGAAGGAGGCCAUCGCCGCCGCCGCCAGAAGCAGCGCUGCGGCACAGGGCGGCUCGGACCUGCAGAUGGAUUGCACGUCGUUGCCAAAGCUGCUCGCGCUGCCUCUGCCCGCACGCCGCCGCUUUCGCGUCGUGCCGCCGACGCGCUCCAUGCUGUAUCUGCAAGGGCAAGGUCGGCAAGUCACGCCUAAAUGAUCGAGGAGACGAGCUGUUGCUGCGGACCCCCCGCCAUGUGCGAGUGUCCUUUUAUCUCUCCGCCGUCGGGAGUCAGAGCAUCUCUCCAUCACACAGUGUCAGUGACGUUGUGUGUGAUAGUUUACAGUCAGAGACGAGUCGA